GUUGUUGCAAAACUUUCUCCUAUUAUGCAAGGUAGUUCCAAUAAAUUAGGGAUCACACUCUAAUGGGUGAUCCAAACCGUUUUGCUUCAGUGUAAAUGACUAUAAAUGGUUUGUUUUUAUUAUUUGAAUGAUAAGUUUGGGCGUUUUGUUUCUCCAAGCAUUGUACCUCUUUUAUUUACUUGUUAGACUAACAAUUGGUAUCAGAGCUCUGUAAAGGGCCUGAUCCAAUCCGUGAGUGAGUGAUUUUUUUCAUUCUUAGUAAGAUGACAAUCCCUGAGUUUGUGCAACCCUCCAUUUCUAAAUUUGAUGGUCAUUAUGACUUUUUGGCAAUGACCAUGGAGAAUUUCCUUCGGAGCAAGGAGCUAUGGAGUCUUGUGGAGGUUGGUAUACCUACACCUGUAAUUGGUUUAGGAUCCAGUGGUAAGGCUCAAAAGGUAGUUGUGGAGGCAGCCAAAUUCAAUGACUUGAGGGUCAAAAAUUUUCUCUUUCAGUCCAUUGAUAGGGAAAUAUUCGAGACUAUUCUUGACAAAAGUACAUCACAAGAAAUUUGGAACUCUAUAAAACAGAAGUACCGGGUAUCUAUUAGAGUGAAACGUGCACAACUUCAAGCAUUGAGGAAAGAAUUUGAGCUACUCACCAUGAAAGAAGGAGAAAAAGUGGACAACUUUCUAGGCCGCACCAUGACUAUAGUGAGUAAAAUGAAGUCCAAUGGAGAAGCAGUGGAACAGAGUGUUGUGUUACAUAGGAGUCUAUUGGUGCAUGAGCAACGAAUGAUCGAGGUACAAGAGGAAGAACAUAUGCUCAAAGCAACCCAUGAGCACACCAGUAGCAGAAGCACUCAAGAGGAGAAGCCUGGCAGAGGCAGAGGCCGUGGUGGGUUUAUAGGCAGUCGUGGCAGAGGCAGAGAAAGACAACUAUUCAACAAGGCCACCAUUGAGUGUUUCAAGUGUCAUAGGUUAGGGCAUUUCCAGUAUAAGUACCCUUACUGGGACCUGGAGAGCAUCUCAACUCUACAAAUAUUCGGAGGGCCUAUCCAUCCAGCUUCACACAACAAUAAAAGGUACUCUCUAAGCUUCAUUGAUGAUUUCACUAGGAAGACUUGGGUAUAUUUUUUGCAUGAAAAAUCAUAAGCACUAGCAAAGUUCAAGAUGUUCAAGGGACAAGUUGAGAAGGAAGCAGUAGUCCCUAUACUCUGCUUACAUACAAAUCGAGGUGGAGAGUUUCUCUCUAAUGAGUUUGAAGAAUUGUCACAUAGAAGGCAUUAGAAGACAGUUAACCACCCCUUACACUCCUCAACAAAACGGUGUAAUCAAAAGAAAAAAUAGAAUGAUUAUGAAUGCAGUUUGUUCUAUGUUAAAUGAGAAGCAUGUUCCCAAGGUGCUCUAGCUAGAAGUUGUCAAAUGGUGUGUGCAUAUCCAGAUGCCCAACAACUGUUGUAGAGGAUGUUACUCCAGAAGAAGCCUGGAGCGGCAGGAAACCAGUGGUGAAAUAUUUCAGAAUUUUUGGGUGUGUGGCCAUGCACAUAUCCCAGACCAGAAAAGACUGAAGCUAGAUGACAAAAGUAGAAAAUAUAUUUUUCUGGGCGUUAGUGAUGAGUCUAAAGCAUGGAUAUUAUAUGAUCCAGUCCCAAAAACUGUGAUCAUUAGCAGAGAUGUAAUUUGAGGAGAAGGAAAGUUGGGACUGGAGAAAUUUGAAGCCAAAAAUUCAGCAAGAAGAGAUAAUUUAUGAAGACAAAAAUGACAUGGCAGUAGAAAACACAAUAGUUGAUGUUGAUAUGAGUGAAAACAGUGAAAAAUCAACACUUGAUGCAGGACAACAAGGAUGUGAAAAAUCCCAUGGUGCUAGGGACUCUCGUCUGACAGAAUUCAGAGAAACAGUGUUGAAGAAACUUUGUUUAAACAACAAGUUGGAAGUAUGAUCUAUUUGACUACCACCAGACCAGAUUUAAUGUACACAUUCAGUUUUCUCAGCAGAUUCAUGACUAAUCCCACUACAACACAUUGGUUGGCAGCAAAACGAAUUAUGAGGUAUAUCCAAGGAACAACUGGCCUUGGAAUCUGUACAAGAAGGGGACUAACAGUUUAAGACUACUAGCAUUUUCAAAUAGUGAUUUUGCUCGAGACUUGGAUGAUAGGAAAAGAACUUCUGGGUAUGUGUUUAUGUUAGGGAUAGGGACAAUUUCGUGGACAUCCAAGAAGCAAAAUGUGGUAGCUUUAUCUACAACAGAAGUAGAAUAUAUAGCAGCAUCUCUAUGUGCUUGUCAUUGUAUUUGGCUUAAAAGAUUGUUAGAACAGAUUGGGCUUAAAAAUAAGACUGAAGUUGAGAUUUUGUGUGAUAAUAGCUCUACAAUACAACUGUCCAAAGACCCAGUAUUUCAUGGAAAAAACAAACAUAUAGAUAUAAAGUUUUACUUUCUUCGGAACUUGGUGAAUGAUGGAGCAGUCAAGCUAAGCUUUUGUAGCUCUCAAGAUCAGUUAGCAGACAUUAUGACAAAACCCCUAAGUUGGACCAGUUUUAAAGGCUUCAUACUUUGAUUGGAAUAACUAGUGUAGAUGCAUUAGUUUAAGAGAGGGAUUGUCAGGUUUUUUGAAGGGUUUUUUUCUCUGUUUAUUUGUUAUGUUUUUUAUUGUUGCAGAACUUUCUCUUAUUAUGUAGGGUAGUCCCAAUAAAUUAGAAAUCACACUCCAACGUGUGAUCCAAAUCUUUUUGUUUCAGUGUAAAUGACUAUAAAUGGUCUGUUUUUAUUAUUUGAAUGAUAAGUUUGUGUGUUUUGUUUCUCCAAGCAUUCUACCUCUUUUAUUUACCUGUUAGAUUAACAUUCACCAUUGGCAGCAAUGGUUCGAUGACUCAAAGAUUCUAUAAUUUUCUUUUCUUUUUCCGUUGUGUUUCUUGUGCCAUUAUGUGUGUGCUGUGCUCUGCCCGGGUAGAAAAGCUUGUGGAACAGGAUUCUGUUUUUCGUGCAGUUCAGUCACUUGAUAAAUUUGUGUUUGAGCUCUCUCUCCUGGAAAUUGUCGCCACGUUGCUUGUUUCAUUGGAGUAAUGGAAAUUUUGCCUUCUUGGUUCUUUAGGAUUAGAGGUGCUCUAUUUGCAAAUUAAUUUUGACCUGGAAAUCUUAGUCCUGUUUCAUGUCUUUCUGAUUUCCCUUCUGUUAGAUUUGCUUAGUCUUUGUUGUUUUUGUUGGAAUGGGCAACCGGAUUUUCAGUUCUAUCUGAAUUGAAAGCAUGAUUUGGGAUAAGUGUCUAAGAUAGUGUAUAUAUAAGGCUUGUUAGCAGUACAUAAAGGCACUAAAACAAUUUUAUUUGCUUGUUAUUGAGAGGUUGCUCAGGUAUGUUAAGAGAACAAUAUGUUAUAGUUUAAUGUUUCCUAACAAAUUUUGCAGCCUCUGAUCAGGGUAUGGUCGGAUAUUCUGAUAUUGAUUGGUGUAUAAAUAAGAUUGAAAGAAAAAGCACUAUAAGCAAUGCAUUCAUAAUUGAAGAUGCUCCAAUUUCUUAGUGUUCAAGAAAACAAUAUAUUGUGGCUUGGUUUCCUUGUGAGAUUGGGUACACGGCUGCUAGUAUGGGUGCUUGCCAAGUUCUAUUGCUAAGGACUUUGUUUGAAGAAUUAAAGAUAAGGAUUGAGGAAAGCAUUUUGUUGACAGUGGACAACUAUAUAAGUAUGUUAAAAGCUUCGUUAAUAUUAUGAAAUAAUACAUUUUUUCUCAUUAUUCCAUACAUGAUCAUUUUUUGUGUUAGAUAUAUUGUAUUGCUAUCUUCCACAAUCUCUUGUAUAUAAUAUAAUCUAUAUAAAUGUUAAUU